AACGUUGACGUGACCCUGAGGUUUGACAAGACGCAAAUGGACACGACUCUUCUUGUGACAUCGGUGAAAAUCCGGACGGCACAAACUUCCACUCUUCCCCUGAACAUCCGAAUGAAUGGACAGCAUUGCAUUGGUCUGCUAACCGCAAUCACUUUGAAGUUGUUCGUAUUCUAUUAGAGAAUGGAUGUGAUAUGAACAUAAAAGACAGUACUGGACGGACAGCAUUGCAUUAUGCUGCUCACAAGAAUUACAUCAAAGUUGUUCGUAUUCUAUUAGAGAAUGGAUGUGAUAUCAACAUAAGAGACAUUUGGGAAACAACUGCACUUCUAUGGGCUGAGCAAUACAAUAACAAAGAUGUUGCAGAUGCGAUCAAGGCAUUCACUGUCAAGAACCCAUCACAAUCACCAUUGCCUGUCAACUGUCGUACAAGCUCAACAACAACAGCAUCAAAUGUUCCUCCAUCUACACCAGAACAGAGAACAGAGACACAGAGAAUGAGGACCACUACACCUACACAACAACCUCCAAGACGAGUGGCUGGAAAAGGAGAGGAACAGUUACUAGAGCAAAUAGAACAACUGAAAAAUGAAAGUUCAGAAAAAGAUAGAGAAAUUGCUGAAAUGAGAAAACAAAAUGCAGACCUACAGACCGCAUUGAGAGUGGAUGCCAAAGUGGAGGAAAAGGCAAAUGACGACAACAUUGCAAGUGACAAAAAAGACGAUGUGCGACGACAGAGAUUUGUGCUGUUAGUGGUUCUGCUCUGUGUUGGCACUGUUCUCCUUGCAGUAGUCCUACAACGAAUUAUAUACACAACAGAUUGCAGUAUUGAUACGUCACUUCGUGAACCUACUCGAAUUCGUGAAAAAGCAGCAGUACCGUUAGCUACGGACUCAGACGAUGACCAAGUUACAUCUGUUGAACUUUUAAAGAUUGCUGUCGAGGCAGGAUCUCAUUGGCAUUCAUUUGGCAUUCAUCUGGGCUUCAGUGGUGAAACGCUUAGACAAUAUGAGAAACAGUUCCACGAGGCAUCUCGUCUUCUCUUUGAGAUUCUUGACAAUUGGCGGAAACAGAAAGGCAAACAAGCAACAAAGAAUGCAGUUUUGGAAGCUUGCAGACAAGCUUGUGUUAGAGGGGCAUGUGAAAGGGUUUUUAUAAGAUGAAAUUCUGACAUCUUUUUUUACAAUUGUUGUAGCUCUGUUAAGUUAUGGGAGCACAAAGAAUUGGGCUGUGACACACAUCACAAUUCCUUGUCUCUUAGCUAACGUUGUUUUUAAAUUAUUUGUAAACGACUGUAAAUCAAUCAUCAAGCUGUUGAUAACGUGUACAUAAAAACGAAUAAAUUUAGUACGUUUCUA